UGAAUAAAAAGUGAUUCAAUAAUUGAUUCACAUUUCAAUCAAAACAUUCAAACAAUCACUUCAUUUGAUCCCAAGAUAUGGCGCAACACAUGAAACACCAGAAGACAUCACUCGAGUCCACAGAUGACAGCAGCGAAGACGACGACAGACAACAGACACAAAUCUACGCCAAGGACUCAAUGGACAGAUUCGGUGAUGAUUUGUGUCAACUAUUGUUGUCUAAUCUCUCACUUAAGAACCGAUUUGUGUUUCAAUGUAUGUCUAAACAGUUCCGGAGGACAGUCUUCAGGAGUGUUGUCGACAUUGAUGUGAGAGACGAAUUGAUUAAAGGAAACUACAAUACAAUGACUCCAAUCAUCGCAACAAUGAAUAAAGUGAUCAAAAAGUGUCAAAACAUUGAAACGAUUGACUUUCGAGGACUCGAAGACAGCAAUCAAUACAUUCUCGAAGUUUUGCCCGAAAUUCGACACAAAAUCCCGAAAUUACGGGAAAUUUAUUGCGAUUUAAUGUCAAACAGCGAGCGAUGGGUACGACAGUUGGCACCACUCGUCACACGAGUCGGGAAUCACUUGUCGUCACAGAAGGAGUCACUCAUUCAUUGCAACCGAUUGUCUGAAUUGAGAGUCGAAAACUUGGCUGAAGUCUUCGACACCACUUCUGGACAAUUAUUGGCGAAGAAUUUACGGUCGUUUUGGUUGAAAGGGAGCGCUAAUAGCGAGCAAUUGUCCGCAUUCUUGGCCGGCAAUCAAUGCCUUAGAUUUCUCUUAAUUAAAAUCCACAAUUUGGAGAGUUUGACACAAUUUGGUCACCAAUUGUCACAAUUACCGCAACUACGGGUUUUGGUGAUCAGAUUAAGACAUUUCGACCAAUCAUUGAACGAUUCUUUGCGGACAAUUGGCGUGAAUUGCAAACAAUUGACAAUUUUAGCGCUGAAGUUGGGCACAAAGACUACUGAAAUCAAUGUCCAGACAUUGGAUUCGUUGGAAAUGUUUGGACGAUUAAGACAACUAGAAUUAGCUCUCAUCGGAUCCAACACUCAAUCGUUUGAUCUCUUGAUUCCCGGCAAACGAUUAAUCAAUUUAAUGAUUCAAUGCUCGCAAAUAGACUGCAAAUUAUUGGGCAAUUGUCACAAACAAUGGCCACGACUUCAAUAUCUAGACUUUGAAUGUCAAGAGUUUAACGACAAGUGUUUGGAUCACAUCUUAAGAUUACGGACUUUGCAAACACUUGUCAUUCAAUGCGAUCAUAACAUCGAUCUCUUGGAUAAUGAUUUCUGCGAUCUUUUGGCCACAAAUCCUAACCUAAAGAACAUUGAAAUCAAUGCAAACAAUGAGAAGAAGUUUUACUGCCGUUAA